GGUGAAGAGGGGGAGCCAAAGGCCCUGUAUUUAACCACAAGGCCACCUCUCAGGAAAUCCACCUGGGAUUUCUUUUUCUUCAUGCAGAAAAAAAAAAAAAAAAUCCAGGAUUGGCAUUUAAAACAAAUUCGGUCCAUUUGUAUAGGCUAGGUUUGCAUACAUUUGACUUCUGGCUGAGGGGAGCAAUCCUGGAUAACAAGGUUAAACACUUUGAAUGUCUGAAUACUAGGGCCGGCAGGUGUCCACUUAAAGCCUAGUCUCAGGCUUACUUAAUGGGGUUUACCAAGUUCUGUAAGUCUCUGGAGGCACUGGUACAACCAGCAGUUUGUAAGUUCCUCCUGUGACAUCGGUAGGGGAUGGCUUCAGCCCAGGACUUCACAGCCAGCCUGGACAGCAGAGCAAGAGACCACCUCAAAAACAAACAAACAAACAAACAAAAAACAAGAAAGCCAUCAGCUCCCUGAUAGUACACCUGAUCUUCAGUGUCCGGGUCUUCCCUCUCCUCCCUGAAAAAUGUCAGGGCUCCCUUCCCCAGCCCGGUGAAGCCAAGAACACCAGGGCAAGGGCAGAAACCACAACCGUCCAGGGGAGAGGUCUCAGGGGGCCACCUGGUUUGCAUCCAUGUCCUGGCCCUGCCCAGUUCCUGAGAGAGACCACAGCCGGAAAGCCAACCGCCUUUCUACAGCGGGACUCCAGUCCCACCCCUCCCAGGGCCCUGAAGUUAGGGAGCAUCUGAGCAUUGUCACUCACUGUAUUUAAGCAGCCAGCCUUGUCAGAAGUGUGCUCAGCCAUGCUGGGCAAAGUGGCAUCUGGCCAGCAUGUUUUCCUGGGCAGCUUCCCUGGUCAGCCUGCAGCUCCCCAUUGUUUAUUGUUGGGCCUUCAGCUGCUACAAGACAGAGUCCUCUCCUGGCUUCAGCCUCCCAGGGGAUUACCUCCUUGCAGGCCUGUUCGCUCUCCAUGCGGACUGUCUGCAGGUGAGACACAGACCCCAGGUGACACGCUGUGACAGACCUGGCAGCUUCAAUGGCCAUGGCUACCACCUCUUCCAGGCCAUGCGGUUCAGCAUUGAGGAGAUAAAUAAUUCCACAGCCUUGCUUCCCAACAUCUCCCUGGGAUAUGAGCUGUAUGAUGUGUGCUCAGAGUCUGCCAAUGUGUAUGCCACACUGAGGGUGCUUGCCCAGCACGGGACUGACCACAUAGAGAUGCAGAGAGAUCUUCACAACUAUUCCUCCAAGGUGGUGGCACUUAUUGGUCCUGACAACACUGACCACGCUGUCACUACUGCUGCCCUGCUGGGCCCCUUUCUGAUGCCCCUGAUCAGCUACGAGGCCAGCAGUAUGAUGCUCAGUGAAAAGCGCCAGUUCCCAUCUUUUCUUCGUACCAUCCCUAGCGAUAAGAACCAGGUGGAGGUCAUGGUGCUGCUGCUGCGGAGUUUUGGAUGGGUCUGGAUCUCACUCAUUGGCAGCUAUGGUGAUUAUGGGCAGCUGGGCAUGCAGAUGCUGGAGGAACUGGCCACCCCACAGGGCAUUUGCAUCGCCUUCAAGGACAUAGUGCCUUUUUCUGCCCAAGCGGAUGACCUGAGAAUGCAGCAGAUGAUGCGCCACUUGGCUCAAGCCAGGACCACUGUGAUCGUGGUUUUCUCUAACCGGCACCUGGCUGGAGUGUUCUUCAGGUCUGUGGUGCUGGCCAACCUGACUGGCAAGGUGUGGAUUGCUUCAGAAGACUGGGCCAUCUCCACGUACAUCACCAAUGUGCCUGGGAUCAAGGGCAUUGGGACAGUGCUGGGUGUGGCCAUCCGGCAGAGACUUGUUCCUGGCUUGAAGGAGUUUGAAGAGUCUUAUGUCAGGGCACUAAAGGGUGGCCCCAGGUCUUGCCCAGAGGGCUCCUGGUGCAGCACUAACCAGCUGUGCCGAGAAUGCCAUGCUUUCACAACACAGAGCAUGCCCAUGCUUGGUGCCUUCUCAAUGAGUGCUGCCUACAAUGUGUACCAGGCUGUGUAUGCUGUGGCCCAUGGCCUCCAUCAGCUCCUGGGAUGUACCUCUGAGACCUGUGCCAGGGGCCCAGUCUACCCCUGGCAGCUUCUGCAGCAGAUCUACAAGGUGAAUUUCCUUCUACAUAAGGAUACUGUGGCAUUCGAUGACAGCGGGGAUCCUCUAGGUGACUAUAACAUCAUCGCCUGGGACUGGAAUGGGCCUGAAUGGACCUUCCAGGUCAUUGGCUCUGCCUCGUUGUCUCCAGUUCAGCUAGAUAUAAAUAAGACGAAAAUCCAGUGGCAUGGGAAGAACAAUCAGGCACCUACGUCUGUGUGUACCAGCGACUGUCUUGAGGGGCACCACAGAGUGGUUGUGGGCUCCCACCACUGUUGCUUCGAGUGCAUGCCCUGUGAGGCUGGGACCUUUCUCAACAAGAGUGAUCUUCACAUCUGCCAGCCUUGUGGAAAAGAGGAAUGGGCACCCGAGGGCAGCACCGCCUGCUUCUCACGCACCGUGGUGUUCUUGGCUUGGCAGGACCCCAUCUCUCUGGCGCUGUUAACAGCUAACACACUGUUGCUGCUGCUGCUGUUUGGGACCACUGGCCUGUUUGCAAGGCAUCUUCACACGCCUGUUGUGAGGUCAGCUGGGGGCAGGCUGUGCUUCCUCAUGCUGGGUUCCCUGGCUGCAGGGAGUUGCAGCUUCUACGGCUUCUUCGGGGAGCCCACGGUGCCCACAUGCUUACUGCGCCAGCCCCUCUUUUCUCUCGGUUUUGCCGUCUUCCUCUCCUGCCUGACAGUCCGCUCCUUCCAACUGGUCAUCAUCUUCAAGUUUUCCACCAAGGUACCCACAUUCUACCACACCUGGGCCCAAAACCACGGUGCCAGUCUGUUUGUCAUUGUGAGCUCCACGGUCCACUUGCUCAUCUGUCUCACGUGGCUUGCAAUGUGGACUCCACUGCCCACCAAGGAAUACCAGCUCUUCCCCCAUCUGGUGAUUCUUGAGUGCACAGAGGUCAACUCUGUGGGCUUCCUGCUGGCGUUCACCCACAAUAUCCUCCUCUCCAUCAGCACCUUCGCCUGCAGCUACCUGGGUAAGGAACUGCCAGAGAACUAUAACGAAGCCAAAUGUGUCACGUUCAGCCUGCUCCUCAACUUCGUAUCCUGGAUCGCCUUCUUCACCAUGACCAGUAUUUACCAGGGCAGCUACUUGCCCGCGGUCUAUGUGAUGGCGGGGCUGACCACUCUGAGUGGCGGCUUCAGCGGUUACUUCCUCCCCAAGUGCUAUGUGAUUCUCUGCCGACCGGAUCUCAACAAUACAGAACACUUUCAGGCCUCCAUUCUGGACUACACGAGGCGUAGCGGCUCUACCUGAUCCGCCGGGACUGUUGGGGAGGGGCAGACCGGAAGCCUCUUUUGUCCUGAAGGUGGUAGAUCCAGCGGGGCUGAGGGUCUGAGGUGUCUUGGAGAGCUCAGCCAUGGCUUGCGAUUUAUAAGUGCACAGAAGAAUCCAGCCUAAUAAAGACGUGAAUUGUG